ACGGAGAUUAAAAUUUCUGUUACGUCAUUGAUUUCAAAGAUAUCGUAUAAUGCACUAAUAAAGUAGAGAGCAGAAGACAAAUUUACAAAAGGCAUAAAAGAUGAACUUUAGGUUUACCAUUGAAGAUUUGCUUGCGAAAAAAAGAACUUCUAUACAACAUAUUAAUGUUAUUAAGCAGUGGUUGCCCACAACCACUGAAUCAUACAUACCAUCUUCAAUACACGAUGAACUGAUUGCUCUGUUUUUAAUGUCACGACAAAAUGACAUCGAUCUGACGAAAGAGUGUAUCAAAUCUCAUUACGGCUUAAGAUACGAGGCACCUGAGAUGUUUGAUGGCAGAAAUCUUGAAAGAAUAGAUAUUCAAAAGGCUCUUAAUACAUUGAGACUUGUAAGCAUCCCAAGAAGAACAGAAGAUAACUAUCUUGUUCUAUAUGCUAGUGUCAGAGACACUGAUUUUUUUAGCUUUGAACUACAUCCUAUCAUGACAGCGUCAUUAAUGCUCUUUGAUAUAGAACAUCACACCCACCCUCCCGAUGGGGUUAUUAUACUAGCGGAUUUGAAAGGGUUUGGGGUUAUGCAUGUUUUCAAACUAUGGCCAGAGUCCUUAAGAAAAUUUUUUACGUAUUUGGGAAGGGGUCUGCCUUAUCCAUUUAUAGGAUUGCAUUUUAUUAACGGGAACUUUUUUCUGGCACAAUUAAUCAAUAUUCUGGUUGCGAUUAUUGACCCGGAUAUUGUAAGGAGGGUAAGUAUGUUAAUAAACAGUAAAUAAAAAAUAAAAAACUCA